CACAAAGCUAAUGUAUGACUAAAUAGCACACAAGUUUUAUGGACCACUUUUAUGGUGCUAUUUUUGUCAUAUUUGGAGCGUGUGAAGGUGAGUACAGUAUAAGAAUUUUUAUUUUUGGCAGAACUCGACAAUCUUGGAAAAAGAGGAUCCCUACAGGAGUGAAGUUCCUCAACUGCUCAGCUAUGUAUAAACUGAAGAUGGGAAUCAACCUGCCAUGGGGGAUAUUCUGAGAAGAGACUUCCUAACUGACAGGAAACCGUGUGAGGCUGAGAUGUCACACGCACACCCACUGGAACUUCUCUAAUCUCUCAACAUAAAUGACUGCACCUCAGUUGACCCCUUUAUAAAGCCUGUGAAGAGGCAGUGAUGACAACGCCGAUUGGCCUCAUAAGCUACGCUGACUAAUCUGCAUGCAGACAGGAGGUGGAACAGCUGGUGAGCUAGAGCAAACAUAACAGCCUGGAACUGAUCAAAAGAUGGUGGCGAUAAUUGACUUCACAAGGCCCCUACAACCCACAGCUCCCCUCGGCAUCAUGGACUUUAGUGGAGGUGAAAGAUCUCAAUAGUUUGGCUGCACACGGAUUCACUGGUCAUGCUGUGCUUUGGAGGGACAAGAAGAGACACUAAAUAAAAAAGGACGAAAGAGUCGAGAGAGAGAGCAGAAGGUAGACCGCAGCCGCUAUCAUGUCUCGCCAUCACAGCCGAGCCACCAGCUUUGAGGAGAAGGGAACCACGCCCAUCCACAAAAGCUCCACCCCCUUACACAAAAGCUCCACCCCCACUCACAAGAGUGCAUCCUCAUCGUCUUCCUCUCAGAGAGACAGUCGACAGGAGACGGAUAGUUGGGAAAUCAUAGAGGGGCUGAAGAUUGGGCAGACUCAUGUCCAAAGACCAGAGAAGCAUGAGGGUUUUAUGCUGAAGAAGAGGAAAUGGCCCCUGAAGGGCUGGCACAAGCGAUUUUUCGUUCUAGAUAACGGGAUCCUGAAAUACUCCAAAUCUCCUGUAGAUAUUCAGAAAGGAAAGCUUCAUGGCAGUAUAGAUGUGGGUCUGUCUGUGAUGUCCGUCAAGAAAAGAGCUCGCCGCAUAGAUCUGGACACAGAAGAGCACAUUUACCAUCUGAAGGUGAAGUCUCCAGAUGUUUUUGACAUCUGGGUGUGCAAGUUGCGUAACCAUCGUUUGUUCCGUCAGAACGAGAUUGUUCGUUCUCCUCGUGAUGCUACGCUACGGACGUUCCCUCCGACUGCCGCCGCAGAGUCACCCCAAAACACCCCUUCCAGCACACACCAAAACAAGCAGGGUAAACCCAGCAGUCUGGCCUGGCACCUGCCACCAUCCUGUAGUAAUGGACAGAGUAAAGUGGCGGCCUGGUUAAAGGAGUCAGAGGAGAUGGACAAGUGUGCAGAAGAACUCGCCUACUGCCAGUCUAGUCUUUUAGAAUUGAGUCAACUGCUGCAGAGUCUGGAGAUCUUACAAAGGACACAGUCAGCUCCCAACUUCACUGACAUGCAGAGUAACUGUGUAGAUUUGACAAAGAAAGAAAAGCGUGUCAGCAGAAGAUGGAGGACUAAAAGUGUCAGCAAAGAUGCAAAAUUGCAACAGCAGGUCCAGUCACUUUCCCAGUCACACAGUGCUAAAGUUCCCCUGAGUGCAAGUAUGUCUCAAGUGCGUCUCCACUCCUCUAAUCCUAACCUAUGUGCGGAGUUGGCUGAUUUUCAAGCCCCCGUCACACGUCUGACUGACAGCAUCGACAGCGCCAGUGACUACAUCAAACUGCAGGAAGAUUUCUGCAUCAUUGCACAGAAAGUGCACUCUCUUCUGAAGUCUGCCUUCAACACAGUGGCCAUAGAGAAAGAGAAGAUUAAACAGGUACUGACGGAACAGGAGCAAACCGGCCAAUCAAAUCAGAUUUUGACCCUCCGCCGCUCCCUGUCACAGGCCUUGUCUCAGAAUGCUGAGCUGAAGACCCGUCUGAACCGGAUCCACUCUGAGUCGGUUCUGUCUGAGCAGGUCGUCAGUGUCAACAUCAUCAGCAGUCCCGACGAGGCAGGUGAGCCGCUCUGCGUGGGCAUCCCUCUCUCUCAGCAGGUGUCCAAUGAGAGCAGACUCUCCAUGUCAGAGUCAGUGUCUGAGUUCUUCGACGCUCAAGAGGUGCUUCUGUCCGCCAGUUCAUCAGAGAACGAGGCCUCUGAUGACGAGUCUUACGUCAGCGAUGUGAGUGAUAACAUUUCAGAGGACAACGCCAGCGUCACAGAUAAUGUUUCUAGACAGAUGCCUAAUGGUGAUCUGUCCAGUGGUGCGUUCCGUAACGGCAGACGUACGUGUCUCCCUGCUCCCGCUCCUGACACGUCCAACAUUAACCUGUGGAACAUCCUGAAGAACAACAUCGGGAAAGACCUGUCGAAGGUGUCCAUGCCAGUGGAGCUGAAUGAGCCCCUGAACACACUGCAGCACAUGUGUGAGGAGCUGGAGUACACAGAGCUGCUGGAUAAAGCAGCCCAAACCGACGACCCCUAUGAACGCAUGGCGAUCGUUGCAGCGUUUGCAGUUUCAGGAUACUCCUCCACCUAUUAUAGAGCAGGCAGUAAACCCUUUAACCCUCUUCUAGGAGAAACAUAUGAAUGUAUCCGUGAAGAUAAAGGAUUCUGCUUCUUUUCUGAACAGGUGAGCCACCAUCCGCCCAUCUCCGCCUGUCACUGUGAGUCACAGAACUUCACCUUCUGGCAGGACGUCAGAUGGAAGAAUAAGUUUUGGGGGAAGUCCAUGGAGAUUCUUCCCAUUGGAACAGUGAAUGUCAUGCUGCCCAGUUAUGGUGAUCACUAUGAGUGGAACAAGGUGACGACGUGCGUCCACAACAUUCUGAGCGGGAGACGAUGGAUAGAGCAUUAUGGCGAGGUCACGAUCAAAAACACUCGCAACCCUACCUGCAUCUGCAAGCUCACCUUUAUUAAGGGAAACUACUGGAGCUCGAAUGUGAAUGAGGUGCAAGGAUCUGUCAUGGACCUGGAGGGGAAAGUCAUUCACAGACUGUUUGGGAAAUGGCAUGAGGGUCUGUACUGUGGAGUCCCACCUUCAGCCAAAUGCAUCUGGAGACCAGGGUCCAUGCCCACAGACUAUGAGCUGUACUACGGCUUCAGCAGGUUUGCUGUAGAGCUCAAUGAGCUCUUCCCUGAGCUGAAGGAGCUGCUGCCACCAACAGAUGCUCGAUUCAGACCGGACCAGAGGUAUCUGGAGGAAGGAAAUGUCCAGAUGGCAGCAGCGGAAAAACAAAGAAUCGAAGAGCAGCAGAGAAACAGGAGGAAGUGGCUGGAGGAGAACAACAUCAAAUACCAGCCACGAUUUUUUAAGAAGGUUAUGGACAGUAACCAGAGGGAGAGAUGGGUGUCUAACAACACAUACUGGGAACUGCGCAAGGACCCUGGCUUCCUGAAACUAGAAAACCCUCAGCUGUGGUAGAUCCAGACGCCUGUGCUGAUGACGCCUUCACUGCUGACUGCAGAUGCUUACUAUGCAGAACAGGAGCAGCCUGGGACUUCCCUCUAGAUUUGGAUUUUAUCUCCAGAAAUGGACUGAAGGUCUGAAAAAAAGACUCUCCGCAUCACUUCGGCAGGCUCCGCCUCCAUAUUCUCCCUCUCCAUAGUAACAGAGAGAGAGAGAGCGCUGUUGUCAGGGCAACAGUGAGAGCUGGAGAGCUGUCCACAUGAAGCCAGUUGUGCUUCCUGUUAUGUCCUUGCCUUAAGAAGUCGCUUCUCAACAACAAAGUUUUACGCUUUUAGUGAAAUUCCCUCAACUUCUCGGUUUAGAUGGAUUGAAUUUGCUCUUGGUUACAUUCUGCAUGUGUAGAUGGCAGCUUUUCUCUGCAAUAUGUUACACAAACUCAUCAAAACUACAUUUAGACAAUUUUAGUGGUAUUUUUGUAAACGACCAAAAGGACGGAAUUGCUUUGGCGUUAAAGCUGUGCCGCGAUCGAUCCGUUUCAUUAACGAAGUCAACGUGUCCCUCCUCGUGUUCAAAGGCAGCCGUCGGAGGGGCCGAUCAAUGUUCAUGUGCUGAACUGGGACCAUUUUAUAUCCCACCUUUCAAAUCCUUCCAAAGAAUCGAGGCUGAAAGAGAUUUCCUGUACGCAACCUGCAACACUGUGCAGCAAGACCACAAGACGCCCUCAUGGACUCCUGUAUCUCUGUAGCUGCAGUUAGCACUCUUAAUUUAGAGACAAAGUGUGACACCAAACCAAAUUCAAGAAGUGAUUUUUUCCAGACAGGUCCCACAGGCCCUCGCUAUCUUCCGAAAAACUAGUCAAUGCCCCGAUAAACAGAUUAUUACAGGUCGUUCCACCCCAAACUUGCGCCGCUGGUCGAGUCAGAAGUCGUGCGUACGCUACAUUUAAAGAGAUAGUUCACCCAAAAAUGAAAAUACUGUCAAACCUGUACGACUUUCGCUAAUCUUCGAAACACAAAUUAAGAUAAUGAAAUCUAAGAGGUUUCGUCCCUGCAUUGAAAGUCCAGGUAAUCAAAAUGAUGAUGAACAGAUUUAAUUUAGGCUUUUAUUCACAUCUAAACAAUGAUUGACACACAUGCAUAGAGCACAUCAAUAUGGUAAACAGCAAUAACCAAAAAUGAGGAGAUCCAAAAAGGCGUAGUAAAAAAUAAAUUGAUUGGUUUAAUCCAAGUCUUCAGAAGAGAUAUGAUCACUUUAUAUGAUGAACAGAUUUAAUUCAGGCUUUUGUGAUGCCUUCAUGACCUUUAUUGGUUACCUUGACUUUCAACGGAGGGACAGAAACCUUUCAUUAGGGCUUUCAUUAAUAAUAUCUUCAUUUGUGUUUCAAAGGUGAAUCAAAGUCUCGUGUGUUUGGAACAACAUGAGGGCGAGUUAAUUAUUUUUCAUUUUUGGUUGAACUGUCCCUAUAACGCGCCAAUGACCAGCAGACAUAUACACUGCAUAAGUGUGCACUGUAUUUUCCCUCGACUCGCUGAUCUAAACAUGAACUUCACAACAUGAGCGGCAGAGGCCUCUGCUGGCCUUUCAGUGCUACUGCAUACUACAUACUCCAGCGCUCCACAAUCUCCCUUUGCAGCAGCGACCUGAGCAAUGUGUGGAACAGAAGACUAUCAUAUACACUGCGCAGUAUGCUAUAAUAUUUCAUGUAGUGACCUCACCUCUUGUUUAAUUCAGUUAAGUCCAGUUUUCAUCUCGGAUAUAAAUGUUAUAUUUUGAAUUAAAAUUCAAUCGGGGUUGACGUUUGCAGUUAAUCUGUCAAGUGAAGUCCGGCGCAGUGCAUUCUGUGUGCUCGGGUUGCAUACUGCAUUGCUGAAUUCAGAAACGCAUACUACCAUGCCACUGUUUCAGGCAUAUAAAGAUGUGGUAGAAUUAGUAAAAGUAGUACGCUAAUAUGCAGUACCGAAUUCCUCACGUGUUUUGCCAAGUGUAGUCAUCAGAUAUUCAGUACAUACUGAAAACUUGCAUGCUGUGCAAACUGCAGAAGUAUGCUGCUGUAGUAUGCCACUCUGAAUAGCAUACUAGCUGUUUCUGCUAUAUAUUGGACUCAUUAAUUGAUUCAACUUCUAAAAGUUAAGAUGUUUAGAAAAAAUAGAUUUUUUAUUGCCAAGAUGAAAACAAUAUACCACUUCCUGAAUUAAACAUGUGGGCAGAAUACGUGUUUUUUCCACACUAUUUUAAAGUAGACAGUAUAGUAUGCAGUAUGUUUUCACACGUGAUCUGGGCUGGACCUCAUUCAUCAAACAAACAUUCAAACAAAAUCAUUCUUACGUAACUUGUUUUAAUUCAUUUUAAUUUCUUGUAAAGAGAGAUUUUUAUUUUAUUUCCGUAGAUUGAAUUGUCAGUAGAUUUAAAAAGAAAAGUCCAAAAACAGUGUAGUGGCAGUGACAGAGAUGGUCUCUGCCAUUAGUAGAGCCGUACGUCACUGUUCGAGUUCUUCACUGUGCCUUAAUGCAUAUGAAACCAUAUCAACACACUCAACUGAGCACAGUCCACACACACACACACACACACACACACACUUCAUGUUCUGCACACCGAUGCACCCUGCAGGCCCAACCACACUGUAACACAGAGCUCCAUUCAAGACCGCUGGAUAUGAGCGGCUGCGGUCUGAGACGCGAAGAGGACGAGGCCUGAAACAUAGAUGUGCGUCUACAAGACUAUGCGUUGAGUUCAAAUAUUGCAGAUACUUUGUGAUCCUUGUGUUUUCUGUUAAGUGGACGUUGAGAUGCUUCUUGAAACUGUCGUCAAGAGUUCAUCCGACUGAAUGUUUCUGAAGCUUACGGAGAUUAUUUUCGAUUUCUCAAGCCUAAAAUGGGGAAAAACAUAACUUCCUGGUCCUGUGGAGUUGCUCUUAGAGAAGGACACUGUAGUGAGUGCAUCUGCUGUUAGUUUCUCACCAUUGCAUGAAAACAUGUCACGGCCUGCCAAUGAUCUCUGAUGCCUUAUUAAAAUGUCCGUUUCAUUUUUAUCUCAUGAUCUGCUCACCGAGACUUCCUGCACUGUGUGUGGGAGCUCCAUUCAUGUGUUCAGCUUUCCUCUGAAGAAGUGCAAUUGUACGACGAUGACAUCUCUCUCCGUUCACAGCUGCUCUGCUGCUGUACAGCUCUGUUUCUCCUGACGUGUCAUUAGGACACUCUCCAGACCUGCGGUUUCACAUUUAAAUACAUAGUAAGAAAUACAUAUUUAUGUUCCAAGUCA